CCCACGCUUUACCCUCACACAUCCUCGAAAAUACCUGCAUAAUGUCUCUCUCCAACAAGCUCUCGAUUGCCGAUGUCGACCUCAAGGGCAAGCGUGUCCUCAUCCGAGUUGACUUCAACGUCCCUCUCGACAGCGACAAGAAGAUCACGAACAACCAGCGCAUCGUCGGUGCUCUCCCGACAAUCAAGUAUGCCAUCGACAAUGGCGCCAAAGCCGUUAUCCUCAUGAGCCACCUCGGCCGUCCGGACGGAAAGCCAAACCCGAAGUACAGUCUCAAGCCGGUUGUUGCCGAGCUCGAAAAGCUGCUCGGCAAGAGCGUGACUUUCACAAACGACAGUGUCGGCAAACAGGUCGAGGACACUGUAAAUAGCGCUACUGGCGGACAAAUCAUCCUAUUGGAGAACUUGCGCUUCCAUGCUGAGGAAGAGGGCAGCUAUAAGGAUGACCAGGGCAAGAAGCAGAAAGUGGAUAAGGCGCAGGUUGAGGAGUUUAGGAAGGGUCUUACUGCGCUGGGAGAUGUGUACAUCAACGACGCCUUCGGCACUGCCCACCGCGCGCACAGCUCUAUGGUUGGUGUUGACCUCCCCCAAAAAGCCUCCGGUUUCCUUGUGAAGAAGGAGCUCGACUACUUCGCAAAGGCGCUCGAGGAGCCCAAGAGGCCAUUCUUGGCUAUCCUCGGUGGAGCCAAGGUCUCCGACAAGAUUCAACUGAUUGACAACCUCCUCGGCAAGGUCGACAGUCUUAUCAUCUGCGGUGGCAUGUCCUUCACCUUCAAGAAGACGCUCGAGGGCGUGAAGAUUGGUGACAGCUUGUUCGACGAGGCGGGCAGCAAGACAGUCAAGGACUUGGUUGAGAAGGCCAAGAAGAACAAUGUCAAGAUUGUGCUACCUGUGGACUACAUCACGGCGGAUAAGUUCGACAAAGAUGCAAAGACAGGGUAUGCGACGGAUGAGGAGGGCAUUCCGGAUGGCUGGAUGGGUCUCGACUGCGGCGACAAGAGUAUCAAACUCUACAAAGACGCCAUCUCCGAAGCUCAAACCAUCCUCUGGAAUGGACCUGCGGGUGUGUUCGAGUUCGAAAAGUUCGCAAAGGGUACCAAGGAAACCCUCGAUGCGGCCGUCGAAGCAGCACAGAGUGGCAAGAUUGUCAUCAUCGGUGGAGGCGACACUGCAACCGUUGCUGCGAAGUACGGUGUCGAGGACAAGUUGAGCCAUGUCUCGACUGGUGGUGGUGCGUCGCUUGAGCUGCUUGAGGGCAAGGAUCUGCCUGGUGUGAGUGCGCUAUCAAGUAAGUAA